GAUAUGAUUAAAUCAGUUUCAUAAGAAAAUAAAAACAGAAAACAAAUUUUGAACCGGGUUGACAUAUAUUGAUAUAUUGAUCAAAAGUCAAAAAAACAAACAUUUGAUUACUGACCUCAAAAUUUUGCACAGUUUAAGAAUUGUUGAUCAUCAUAGGUUGCGGCUGAAGAAAGAGAAGAGUGGAAAAGAGGAAGUGAAUCAGAGGGGAUGGACUACUAUAGGAUUUUGGAGGUUGACAAGAAUGUCUCAGAGGAAGAAUUGAAGAAAGCCUACAGAAAGCUUGCAAUGAAGUGGCACCCCGAUAAGAACCCAACCAAUAAAAAGGAGGCUGAGAUUAGAUUCAAACAGAUAUCUGAAGCCUACGAGGUUCUGAGUGAUCCUCAGAAGAGAGAGGUUUAUGAUAUGUAUGGAGAAGGUGGGCUUAAAGGUGGAAUGCCAACACGGGAUGAAGGUAUGGCUGGUAUGGCUUCCUUCUUCCGAACCGGGGAUGGCCCACAACCAUUUAGGUUCAAUCCCAGAAAUGCAAACAACAUUUUUGCAGAAGUGUUUGGGAGUUCAAACCCAUUUGGGGGAAUGGGGAUGGGAAGGGGAUUUGGGUGUGGUGGCAGAGGCAUGAGGGGAGGAUCGUGGGUAUCAAGGUCUUUUGGUGGAAUGUUUGGCAAUGACAUGUUCAGAGAAGGGAGGCCAAUGAAUGAAGCUCCACGCCGCAAGGCUUCUCCCAUCCAAAAUACACUGCUUUGCAGCCUUGAGGAACUCUACAAGGGGAGUACCAGAAAGAUGAAAAUCUCUAGAGAAAUUGCACAUGCUAGCGGGAGAGUUUUUCCUGUGGAGGAAAUAUUGAACAUUGAAAUCCAACCGGGAUGGAAGAAGGGAACCAAAAUCACUUUCCCAGAGAAAGGAAAUGAGCAGCCAAAUAUUAUUGCAGCUGAUCUUGUGUUUAUAAUUGAUGAGAAACCUCACAGUAUAUUUACAAGGGUUGGUAAUGAUUUGGUUGUGACACAAAAGAUAUCACCUACAGAAGCUGAAGCUCUACCAGGCUACACCAUCCAACUUACAACUCUGGAUGGCAGGGGUCUGAACAUCGCCAUAAACAACGCCACUGAUCCAGAUUACGAAGAAGUAGUCACCGGAGAAGGCAUGCCAAUUUCCAAAGAUCCUUCAAAGAAGGGUAACCUUAGGAUCAAAUUCAACAUCGAAAUCCCAGACGUAGUCGGUGCCUGAGUGCCAACUGUGGCAGAGAGUAUCUAGUGUAUAAUAAUAGUAGUCUUUGGUGUUCACAUUUUUCCCUUCUGUUUUUCCCUCUUCAUUUAGAUGGUAUGUGACUGAUGAAGUUUUUGAAGUGCGUCAAUAAUGUCAUCCACGUAAUUAACGAUCGGCAUAUUAAGUAUAAUAUUUUUUUUUAAUUA